AUGAGUUCCGAUUCUACCGCGUCUAGGAAAAUCCGCAAGCAGAGGAUCCCGAUUAACAGAAAGCAUGUCAUGAAUGCCGGCGGUCUAAGUAAACUCAAGGCUCUUCAAAAUGAGCUUGAUUGUCUCAAGACACAAAUGCAGCAGAGCCUUAGUCACCCGUUGAUAAAUUCCGUUGAUCAAGGCUCAGCUACAACUUUUUCCCUGGGUCCACUCCCAGUAUUCUCGAGCCAAAAUGAUAUAUCGCCCUAUCAGUCUUUUGAUAAAUUUGGGUUUCCAUCUCUUCUGCCCUUUGAUCAUAUGGAUUGGAAUACCCCGAGCGUCUUCACUCAAUCCUUGAACGAUGUUGGCUUCGAGCAACCGAAUGCUAAUAUGAUUGCGGGGCGAUGUCAACAAUCUGUCGAAAAUUCCGAGCAUAACGAGAACUUUGGUCAAGCUAAAAUUAUCGACAUCAAACAGGCAGACUUCGUUACAGCAUGUAUCCUCACGGAAGAGCAGGCAGAAACCUACAUCAACAUGUUCUUCCGCGGCUGUGGUCGUUACUUCCCCUUCACCGACUUGAUCAAGGACUCAGCGCACAAGAUACGAGAACGGAGCUCUGUUCUUUUCAAUACGAUGUGCUCUUUAGGUUACCGAGCUCAACAGGGAGAUCAUGCACCGCUCUGGAAGUCCUUGGAUCUGCAUGUUUCCAGAAUGUUGGACACCCACAUAACUUCUGGGCCUACAACAGUUGAAUUUAUCCAGGCAUUAUUGAUCCGGGCUUGCUACAGUCCUGAAAGAUUGAUUCUCCUAUCCAUGGCCACACGGAUGGCUGUUGAGAUAGGCUUACCUGAUGCUUAUGACGAUAUAAGGAAGCAGUUAGUCCUUAGUAAAACACAAUCAGCUCAUGCCGAAACCAUGGCGUGGGAUGUAUCCCUGCAAAAGCUUAGGACGUGGUUAUUUAUUCUUGUCAUGAGACUGAUGUUGGGUGUUGACAAAGGAACAUCGUUGGACCUAGUUUUGUAUGGCGAUGUGCGACGAUGCAGAAUCCUUCUCGGCAAGCCUUUCUCAACAGAGUUGGAUCUUUGUUUAUUGGAACAGAUCGAACUUAAUGUUUUAAUGGCCAAAAUAAACCGCUCGAUCACCGAAGGCGCUCUUAGUAUGGGAGAGGAAGAUCUGGUCAAGAUUGUUCAGAACGUGGCCGUCGAUAUUGACGUUUGGUUCGACGACUGGGCCUACAUACUGAACUCUCAACCUCACCAAAAUUGGUUGAAACUUAAUAUCAAAGUUCAACGACAUUGGGCAGAAAUUACUAUACUCUGCUGGGCAAUACAUUCACUCAAAACUGAUUAUCUUGCUACAUCGUCAGCAGCUCAGAGAAAUGUCCAGCUUAUGGCCAAGGCUGCAUUGCAACAACACCUGAAGACGAUACUUUCCGAACCUCAGCUCUACAUACACAACCUACGCUAUGCGACAGACUAUGUAUGGGCCAAAUUCGUCUACUGCUUUUUGCUAUUGCUUGAAACUUCAAGCGUCGCAUCGGACAGCUCCAAUGGCCAAGAAUCUAAGCAAGAUCUCGUCGCUCAAGGCUUUACACUCUUGGAAGAGCUCACCAAGGCUGACGGGAUUCUUACCGGGCAAACAUGCAGUCACGUUUGCCAGGACUAUCUUCAACUCCUUAGAUCCGGCAUAGAAAGAUUUUCUCAGUCUACGCUAAGCUUGCCGAAGGACCAGCCUAUAGGUUUUUGUUCUUCAAGGGACUUCCUCAAUUCCCCACCUGAAGUUCAGAGUUUAAGGGGGUCUUUUGUGUCUGAUCACUUCGCUAUUGAGUGGAAAUUCCCUUACCCUGGUUUAUGUAUUUACUAG